AUGAAACAACAAUGGAUGUUUAAUAUGUGUGGUGGAGCUCUUGGACAUAUUUGUGUGUUCCACUUUAGCUUUACUGAGUAUAUUAUUCUCUAUGGAACUCCAGUAGGCACAAGUGGAUAUUCUGGCAGAUACAUGAUGGAUGUUUAUGAUUACAUUAUUCAGGGACAUCACGAAACAUACACUCCUGGAAAUGUCAGAGGACUUUACUACAAACCAGGAGACAUGACUUUCUUACCAAGAUUUGAAGCAUGUUCCUAUAAAUCAGCUCCUCAUACCUACAUGAUGGAGUAUGGAAGAGGUUUUCCUGGAGUUGUUUUGGGAGCCUGUUACCCUUUGGUGUCUGCUCUUUUUACGACUUUGGAUUUCUAUUCAUUCUAUCAUCAAAUUAAGGUAGUUUCAAAACACAUGAUGAAAAAUUGGUUUUCGAAUCGAAAGUUUUGA